GCUGGCUGGCAUAAGGGGGGUGUCCAUGGGGUGCUGGUCCUCUCCUGUCCUUUAGCACCCCGAGGGAUGGAUGGAGACCCACAGAGGAGAGUUCUCCAUCCUACAGAGGAUGCAAUUUGGGAGCAGAGAUGCUGCAUCUGGGAAUGAAGUCAUCCACCUACUCCUACAAUUCUCCCUCCUCCUGCUCGGUAGCCGGGUGCCCCCCGCCCCCCGACGCGCUGCGGCGGGGGGGCCGCCCGGCUACCGAGCAGGAGGAGGAGGAGGAGGAGGAGGGACGCUGACAUCACCGCCGGAGCGCGGCUCGGCGGGGCCGGGAGCCGGCUCCGCUCCCGUUCUCCGCUCCCGCCGGUGGAGCCACCGCGCCCGGUAAGGCUGGAGGGGCGGCGGGAGGGCUCUGGGAGGCGGGUGGAUGGAUGGACAGACAGACGGCUGCUGCUCAGCCUCCCUCCAUCCCUCUUCCACGGGGUCCUGCUGGAAGCUGGGGGACAGUGGGUCGGCAGCAGCUCACAGUCUUUCCCCCUAGGGAUGAUGUCACUCUUGGAGGAAUAUAUAAAAAUGCACCAAAAAAUUAAAAAAAAAAUUAAAAAAGGAAAAAAAAAUCCCCAAACCCACAUGAAAAACCUACAUCUUCAUUUGCCAGCUCCGUGCAGCAAUGCCAGGCUGGAGCUGCCGGAGGGGAGCUGCGUGCGGCAGGAGGUUUCUCAGCACAUAUGUCUAUUUUAAAAACCCGUGGCGUGAUCUCUUGCCCUACUUUCCAGACUCUUGCCGGUACUUUCCUUGCGUGCAGUGGCCGAGCCGUGCUGGCGGGAGCUCCCCGGGAAGCGGGAGCCGAGCGAGCCGCUGGGCUCUCCCUGGCGCCGGAGCCGGGAUGGGGGACGGGCACGAGGUUGAGGUCAAGGCAGAGGUUCGGUCACUAACGCUCUGCCUUUCUCUCCGGCAGGGGAGGGAUGUCCCCAGCACGGUGCGGAUGAGGCCAGGCUAAGGAGGACCCACGGUUGUCCCCUCCACCCCCAUUAGCCUCAUCUCUCUCCCCUCCGUUUGCCCCGGUGAAGAAACAGCUCCUCACCCACACCUGAACCAGCGAGCCCCAGGCGCUGGUGCGGCUGCACAGCGAUUUUGGGGCUGCGGGGGUCAGGAGCCGCUCUCCAUCUCGCAGGUUUUCCGACGCUGAGGCUCCCACCGAGCGAGUGCAGGACAGGGAGCGCUCCGCAGCCCUCGCUGCCCAAGCCCAGCCCCGGCUGCCCCGUGCGGCCACCCCGGGCCCCAUGCGCGGCGGGCCGGGGGCCGUGUGAGCCGCGCCAUGGCCUCGUCGGACGGGCUGCAGUACCGGGCGCUCUACGAGUACCAGAAGGACCGGGAGGAGGACCUGGCGCUGUGCCCCGGGGAUGUGCUGACGGUCAGCAGGGCCGGGCUGCUCAGCAGCCCCAACUACAAGGACGGGGACGAGCGCAACCCCCAGGGCUGGCUGCACGGCGUCAACGAGCGCACCAAGGAGCGCGGAGACUUCCCCGGCACCUACGUGGAGUACCUGGGCCCCGCCCGCAUCGCCGCCAGCGCCGCCAAGGCCAGGCCACGGCCCCUGCCCCUGCCUCCUGCCGGGACCCCCACGGCCUGGGGACUCCCCGGGCAGGCAGAGCUCACCGAGCACCCCGCCCUCCCCGAGCAGGCGCUGCAGACCGUGGCCAGGCUCAUCGAGGCGCUGGAAAAGCAAGGUACGGAGAAGCACAGCCCCCAGCCGCAGAGCACAGCCAGGGGCACGCACAGCCCCCCGCCCUGCUCGGCUCAGAGCGCCCCGAGAGCGUCGCCAGAGCCAAACCUCUCCCCACGCUCCCCGGGCGCUCAGCCCCUGCCUGUCCUCCCCCUCUGAAGGAGGAGAUGGGCUCAGCACUAACCCCCCUCUCCCCUCUGUGUCCCAGGGCUCGACAGCGAGGUGCUCUACAGGUCCGGCCCCGGCGUGCUGGGGGAUGCUGAGCUGAAGCAGGCGCUCCUGGCCGGUGAGUCCCGCAGCUCCUGGUGCUCCCAGGAGGGACGGGGGCCGCGGAGGUGAUGCUGUCCCGGCAGGGAGGGGUUACGGCACCGACACCCUCACAGCCCUGAUCCCAGCUCUGCGAGGCCCUGCCUGCAUGCGGAGCCCCCUCUUGUCCCCGUGUGAUGCAGAUAAAGUGAUGCAGGUGCAGGGCAGGGGCGCUUCACUAGGAUUUUUUUUUUUUUUUUGGAGGGGGGGGAGGUGAUGGGCGGAAAAACACUUGGGUUUUUAAUCUCUAGGGUUUGUAUCUGAGAAGCAGGGCAGGGAGAAAGCCUCUUGCCGACAGGGAAAAAGAAAGAGGAAAGGGAAAGCUUAUUUACAAGAAUGGGAAGCUGUUUGCAAGACUUAGGGGCAAGAGCGGGUGGGGGGGAAAGGGAAAACCAUCUCCCCAUACCUGCCUCUAAAUCCUAAAUCCACGGCUGGGAUAGGACGGCACACGGCGAGGGGGACGCGAUGGAUCCAGUGAGCCGCUCAAAUCUGGGUUUUUUGGGGGUGUGUGGGGCGCAUGGAGCACCCCCAUCGUCGGGCCGCGGUGCCCAGAGGGCGGCACUGUGACACCAGGCACGGGCGGCCCCGCACAGCCCCGGGCCGGCCCCGCAGCCUCCGCAGCCCGGCGCUGCCGGCCGGGGGGCGGCGGGAGCCGGGCGGUGUUGCUGGGGAGAAGGGCUGUGAUGAAAUCGCUAUAUUAAGCACCAUGACCUCAUCGCUUCCCGCGCACCGGGAGCCGAGUCCCGCCGGGCGGGGAGGGAGGGAUGCAGGAGAGGAGAGCUGGAGCUGCCGGGGAUGCUCCUUCCCCUCUGCCCCAAGAGGGCUGCGCUCCCCGCGGAGGUGAUGGGGGGUGGGGGCACCCCCCCACCCCGCCCUUCUCCCCAAGCUGUGGGCUGAGGAAGUUCGGAGCAGUGAGUGAUGCUCUUCACAGCCUUGUAUCCC